AUAUAUAUCAUUAGACCUACUCAGUUUCUUGAGCACAUAAAUUAGUACUACUAUACUAGAUGACCGUAAAGAGAAGCAGAGAAGAUAGGGAGGUCGAGGCAUUCGCCAUGGCCAAUUGCUUGAUGCUCCUCUCUAACAUGGCCAAAACUACUUCCUCUCCUCCGUCGUUGGACCGAGUUUUCACUUGCAAAACGUGUAACAAGCAGUUUUCAUCGUUCCAGGCGCUCGGGGGCCACCGGGCUAGCCACAAAAGGACUAGGCUGGUGGCUGCAGAUGGCCUUCAUGAUCAGAAUCACUCACCUGCUAAGCCAAAGACGCAUGAAUGCUCCAUCUGUGGCCUUGAGUUCCCUUUAGGCCAAGCUCUAGGAGGGCAUAUGAGACGACACCGUAAUGAUGGUACAGCCGAAGAAACACAGUCAGGUUCUCAGAAAUCCAAUAGCCGUAGCGAUAGUCAUAGAGCUUUGCUGUUAGAUUUGAACUUAACCCCUCGUGAGAAUGAAUUCAAGUUUGGUAGGUUGGAUACUUUUAUGUAAAAUUUCCUAACUGUUUCUAGUCAUCGGAGUAGUUCUUUCCCCUUUUUAAUUUUGGAUACAGCUCUUGUUCAUUCAUUCUCGACACAUGUAUAUACAUACAGAGACAUAUAGAGAGCUACAUAUUUAUUCUUGUGU